AUGCGUUCAGUGUUUGCUAAAAAAUCCAAAAUGAAACUCAAUUCUAAAACAAAAAUUGAAUCAACCACAGAAAAUGAAUCAAUGUUAAAAUCAGAGGAGAAAAAUUUAACAGAUGAACAAAAUAAUAAUUCACAGAAUAAACAUCCAUUGAAGAGUAAAAUUAUCAAGCAUAAUUCACUUGAUAAGAGAAAAUCAGGUGUUGAUUUCAAAUCCCCAUCAUCUUCCGAUGUUUAUACACGUCGUGGAUUAGGUGUAUCAGUAACUUUUGAAUCAACAUUACCGACACAGAUAUGGCAAGCAUCACCAAGCCCUUCACCACCGUUAAGUGAACAAAACAAAAAUAAUUCAAUUAUUAAAAAUCCUACUCCAUCUUCAUCGAAUUCUGAAUUAUCUAAUGAAAAAAUUCGCAUGAAUCACAAGCAUCGUUAUAGAAGUUUAAAUGAUAUUCAUGAAUAUGAUGAUAGUAGUGAUGAGACAAAUCCAUCUCGUUUAAGUUAUCCAUCGUUAAGCAGUUGCACUAGCAGUGAUGAAACAACAACUAGUCAAGAAAGAUUAAGUCAUCGUUUAAGCAGUAGUACGUCAGAUAGUAGUUCCAGUUUAGAUUUACGCUUAGUACCAAAUAAUGGAAUGCAUUCCAUACAGAAAAAUAAUGAAAAACAUCACAAAGGUAAAAAAGAUAGAGGAACAGAACGAUAUUCUAAUAUUAAGGUUGUUAAUGAAAAGCGUCGUCAUUAUGCAUCACAUAGUUUGAGUAGUAGCAGUACAAGCAGUGAAGAGGAAGGAGAUCUAGAAGCAUAUGGAUGGGAUGAAAAAACCAUUUCUGCUUUGACCAACAGAAAUAAAACUAACAUUGCAUGUCACACAACUGCUUCUAAAGUAAAAUCAGAACUAUGUCUAAAGAAUGUAAAUGAAUCCUCUGCAAGUCCAAAAAGAGCACCAGCUUAUCAUAAAUCUGACUUGCAAUGGAAACCAGAUAUGAGACUAGCAAAACUAAAGCUUUCUUCUCCUGUAAGGAUUUGCAAUCAAUUUCAUGUAGAUUCACCUAUUUAUCCCCACACUUGUAUAGUAUCCCGAAGGUUAAAUUCCACUAUCCAAUCUAACUGUCCCAGCACAGGUUUUACACUACAUCCUUUUACAUUGCCCAACAACAGCUUUGUACAGAAUUCUUCUUUGGCCAAUAGCGAACUACUGGCUAUUGUAAAUGUUGAUUUUCGACCGUCGGCAGAGUGGAAAGAGAGAUACAAAUUGUUAGGUGUUCGUCAGGGUGAAUAUGUUUGUGUUUUGAAUCAAAGCUUGUCAAGUUCAACAGUUACUAACUCUGUGGAUGGGAGAAUAAGAUCUACACAUGCUCAGCAGAAAGUAAUGUUUCCGUUGACAGAGAAUGACUUUUGGUUAUACGUACGUAGAUGGUGUGUCGACCACCUAGUGGCUACAGGAACACCAGGGUAUAUUCCGCGCCAAACGUGUAGAGUUUUGUCGAACUGUGAGAUUACUAGUCUGAGGUGCGCAAGUCAGAAGGCAAAAACAUCGUGGGACGGAAGUUCGAAAAACUUCGUAACAUCGAAUGAUUCUCACACAAAUCAAACUCCCAUACAGAAACAUGUGAUCAUGAAGACAAACGAUGACUUUGGACAAACAAAACCAACGACGAAUAAGGAUCUAACAAACAGAAGUUCACACUCUAAUACAACAUAUUCUGACCAAGUUGCUGUAAUGUUUAGUGCACAACUUGAUAAGAGAAAUCCUAUUUAUUCAUUACAAAACUUCACACCAGAUACACCACAAAAUUUCCUGCCACCCCCACCGCCAGGUUUCGGUUCUGGAGGGUCAAUAGGCUCAGAAACAGAAGACAAAGACUCCGGAAGGGGUCCUAGUUCAGGUUCAGAGUGGGGGAGCGGUCGUGGAGGUAGUUCAAACAUAACAUUAGACCGGUCUAUAGUGGAACAUACCUCAAGUGACGUGGGAUUAGAUUACCAGGGUUCACAAUCAAAUAGACGGUCUAGAAAUGUUAAAAGUGCCGAAGAGUCUCAGCUUGGAUGGUAUGCACCUACAGGAUUAGAAUGGUCGGAUCAAAACUUCCAUCCAGGUGGAGAAUCUAUAUCCCGUGACUCGGCGUUUCAAAGCCCAAACACAGACAACUUAGCACCAUCACUACAAAUUAGGGAAGUAAGUCCAUCUGCUGCAAAUCAAAGUACUUCACUGCAACAAACAUACCCACGUUCUGCAAUAACAUUAACUACUAUUACUGGAAACACUCCUGUUCUGGAAAUGAGACACAAUGGGACCCCGACCCUGUGUUCUCGUGGACUCCCUUCAUUAUCAACAACAGACAGCUUAGCCACAAGUACAACCACUUGUGCUACAGUAGUCGAUAUAAGAGAAGGCCAAGAUGAGCAUACAAAUAACCCCAAAGCUGGUCCAUCCACUAAAUAUCGGGUGCCAACGCCUGAUCCGUCAUGUUGGGAACCUUAUAAAACGGUCAUCCAUGUGAAUGAAACUAGUCUUGAAAAAUUUACUUUAGUGUAA